AUGGCGUCGACGACUACAGCGGCGAGGGAACACGUGAACGAAAUCAGGAAGACGAAGUUCUCUAUCGGCGGAAAGGCAAAUCCGCUAACGGAGGAUCUUCAUCAGGCGGUUAAGAAUCUGUCUGCCGAGCUUUACGCGAAGGACGUGCAUUUUUUGAUGGAACUUAUACAGAACGCUGAGGAUAACGAGUAUCCGGAAGGGGUUGUUCCAUCCUUGGAAUUCGUGAUUACGUCAACCGACAUAACAAACACCGGAGCUCCGGCGACGCUGUUAGUUUUCAACAACGAGAAAGGGUGUUCCGAUAAGAACGUUGAGUCGAUUUGUAGCGUGGGACGUUCUACUAAGAAAGGUCUCCGUAAGCGUGGUUACAUUGGCGAAAAAGAUGAUGUAUUUACUCCGGCCUCUGGUACAAACAAGCUUAUGGCUGCAGAUUCGGUUUGUAUUUCCUGGUUGCAUAACUGCAACACAGAGUUCAGAAACUCAAUAGGUAAUUUUUUUCUGCCUAAAGCCACACAAGAAGCCAUACGAUCAUGUUCGCAGAAGUCAACACUAGUAAAAUGGCUUAGAGAUGAGAUGAAAAUUAAGUUUGUGAGAGUUUGUGAAUACGCCAAGCUUGUUAGUCAUUCACUCAACAAUGACCACAAGCUGGUUGUUACUUAUGCCCAUUUCCUCCACAACUCUUUUAAAAAGGAGUAUUUAGGGAAACAUGAAGUUGAGGAACUGUGUAUUGAUAUACCCAUAGUUGAUAACUAUGGGAAUGUUACUAAAAUAAGAAGUGGAGUGCUUGUACCUGCGAAAGGAAGCAGAUGGGUCGAGCUGAUUGGUUCAAAUCCAUGGAGGCAGCAUAAUUAUGUUGAGUUGGGUGAAGAUUAUACACGUGGUGGUUGUUAUUUUGGUAUGGUGACAUCUGGUGAAGAGAUUGUUUCGUUUCUUCAAAAAUAUGUUGGGGCUUCUGAUGUUCCUUAUCUAUCUCCUCCCAAUGCUGCUAUUCCCACUCUCUCCUCUCCUCUAACUAAAAGAAACGCAUUCUUGCUUUUAGAGUGGCUUCACAAGUUAAGGACAUCAAGAGAUGGUUUACCAGAAAGGUUUUUGUCAUCCAUAGAAAAUGGCAGCUGGUUGAAGAUUUCUUCGAGUGGCAAUCCUGGCUACUGCCCGCCAUCAGAGUCGUUCAUGCUAAAGUCAUCCAUCGGGAAUCUUUUACAGAAUGGAUCGGUGCUUGUUGAUAUCCCAUUGGUUGAUGAAAAGUUUUAUGGUGUUGAGUUGAAGAACUAUGAGGAUGAGUUGAAAAAAAUCGGUGUUAGGUUUCAAAAUACAGAAGCCUGUGAAUUUAUUGGUAAGCGCCUCAUGUCUCUUGCAGCCUCUUCACAGCUUACCAGAGACAAUGUUUUUUCAAUACUGAAAUUCAUUCAGUAUCUUGGAGUGCAUUAUAUCUCCACUCGGGAAUUGAUCGAAAGUAUAAGAAAAGAAAAGUGGCUUAGGACAUCUCGAGGUGUUACGACUCCUACCAAUUGUGUUCUGUUCAGCCAGGAAUGGAAUGCUGCUUCACAGAUAACUGAUAUUCCCUUCCUUGAUCGUGAUUAUUAUGGUUCAGAGAUGCUUUCUUUCAAGAAAGAGCUUGAUCUUCUUGGUGUAGGUGUGAAGUUCAACGGGAAUUAUCAGCUUGUUUCAGACAAACUCAAGUCCUCAUAUUCACUGACCUCUCUGUCAUCUGAAGCUUUGUUACUCAUAUUAAACUGCAAACUUGGGUUACAGUUUUACGGAUGCCCAUCUGAAUGUUUCUUGUCAAACCCUGAAUCUGAAUGGGGUUGCCUUCUUAAGGUCUUCGGAUCAUUCCCUGUUCUUGAUGAAAAGUUUUACGGGAGGUCUAUCUUUUCUAUGUCGAACGAAUUAAAGAAAAUAGGUGUGAUGGUGGAUUUUGAGGAUGCCAGCAAAGAAUUUACACGUACUUUCAAGCAGCAGGCUUCGAUAUCUUCAAUCAAAAAAGAACAUGUCCUUUCGUUUCUGCAAUGUUAUGGAAAGCUUAGGAAACUUAAAGUAAAGUUUCCUUCGGAGCUCAAGAAGUGCAUACGAGAAGAGAAAUGGCUAAAAACAAGACUUGGCGACUACAGAUCGCCAAAUGAGUGCAUUCUUUUUGGCAAAGAUUGGGAACCAGUUAUUCCAAUCUCCUUGCUUCCUUUCAUUGAUGACAGCAACAACUUUUAUGGCAUUGGGAUCCAUGACUAUCAUGCUGAGCUGAAGGAUUUGGGUGUGGUUACAGAUUUCAAAGAUGGUGCCAAGUUUGUUGCUUCUCGUCUUUUCUUACCUCAAGAUUGCAGUAGCCUGACUGCAUUGAAUGUUUUUGCCUUGCUUGAUUCUGUCAAGAAACUGAAGGAGAGCAGAACAGAUUUUCCUGAUGGAUUUCUAGAAAAAGUUUCUAAAAAGAGUUGGUUGAAAACGCAUUUUGGCUACAGACGUCCUGAUGAGUGCUUGCUUUUCAAUUCUUUACAUGAUUCUUUCUUGAAGUGUAACGAUGGUCCUUUUAUUGAUGAAGGAUUCUAUGGAUCUCACAUUGUAUCUUACAAAGAUGAGCUCAAUGCUUUAGGAGUUACCAAUGAAACUAACAAGGAAUGCUAG